UUAAUUAAUUAAUUACCCAUUUAUACAACAUCACGUGCAUUAAGUUUGCAAGUCACGUGAAAGUUGAGUUCACGAGAGGUGCCUCUAUGAGUACGAGAUUGUGUUUGAGUCAUCGUCUCAUGUUCUCCUCACUGUAAAGAUCUAGCACAUAUCUUUGUGCUGAAAACAAGCAAUGCGACUCAAAACUGUCAUUCUCUUGACAUCUGGGUGGCUUAGCACAGCCCUAGUAGUCCUGGUUGUAACAACUACACAAGAUGAGAAGCCAAUAGGAAAAUCUCUCAAACUACGAGCCAAUCUAGAAAAAAGGAUCAACACCAGAAGAACAGAAGUCAAUCCGUUGAGCAAGAUACCAAAGAUUCAAACAACUAUAUCAGCUGCAAAUGUGAGAAAUCCAAUGUCAGACGUCAGUUACAAAAUGACAUUAAAGAAAAGACUAAAGGCUCUCAAUGACAGACAGAUAUGUGCACUAGACCUUGAUUCAGUUGAAGAAUUAAAAACUCCAACUGUGAACAGAAAGUUUAUAACAAUUAUGGCUACUUUCCGAUCAGGAUCCAGUUUCCUUGGCAGUUUGUUUGAAAGGAGUCAACAGGUCCUGUAUUUCUACGAACCAUUCAAAGGUGUGAUGGACAAGACAGGGCUCAAGCAAGAUGCAAUCACAGAACUUCUUCAUUCUAUUGCCUCGUGCUCAUUUUCUUCACCUCUAUCGAGACAACUCAUCGAUGACAUAUCAGCUUCAACGUAUUUCCCUCGUACUGCAAGUCGAGCUUUUGUUUUCCCCCCAUUCUGCUCAAAAUGGUGCACUAGACACUGGUUAUGCCCACCAUUACAACACAAAGAUGUCAAUCACGUAUGUCUGAAAAAGCAGGCUGUAGUAGUCAAAACUAUUCGUAUAGAAAACAUCUCAAUUCUCCAUACCUAUGCCAGAUCAAAUGGAAAUUCCAUUCCCAUGUAUGUGCUUCAUCUUGUAAGGGAUCCAAGACUAACCAUAAUGUCUCGACUCAAUGUAGCUAAGCAUGGAGCUCUUUAUAAUUCUCUAUCACAGUUUCAAAACUACAGCAACAACAUCUCAGAGUGGACGAGGCGUGAAUCAAGAUUAUUGUGUUCUAAAAUGAGAUACAAUAUCAAUGCUCUAAGAGGUACCAGUUUAUUUAACUGGGAGUAUGAUUGGAUUGCAUAUGAAGAUCUCAUUCGCAAUCCAUACUACACUGUUCGAAAACUUUAUCAACGGUACGGUCUUAAACUAACACCUGAUGUAACACAGCACAUAGCUGUGAAUACAAAGAUGUCAGCUAGCAGUCAGGAACAGAAAGAGCUCUUCUCCAUCAAACGCAAUCUGCAAGUAUCCCAGCUGGUCUGGAAUCGUUUAAUUCGAGAUCCUGUCAUCAAACAAUAUAUUAAAAUAGUGGAGUAUAUGUGCAAAGAUGUCAUAGACUUCUAUGGCUACAACUAG